GAAGCAGCUGCCAUUUUGAUGCCGUUGUCGGAAGCAUUAAGUUGCUGUGUCGAAGUUAAAUGCUGAAAAAUAAGCUUUUUGCGUGAAUAGCGAACAACCUUUAGGCAAAAUGCUUUCUGCAGCCCAGUUACUCGACGAGUUAAUGGGCCGGGAUAGAAAUUUGGCCCCCGACGAGAAACGAAGUAAUGUCCGCUGGGACCACGAGACUGUAUGUAAAUAUUACCUGUGUGGAUUCUGUCCUGCGGAGCUUUUCACAAACACCCGAUCAGAUUUGGGUCCUUGUGAGAAGAUCCAUGAUGAGAACCUUCGGAAACUGUAUGAAAAGAGUUCGCGCUUCAUGAAGGAAGGUUAUGAGCGGGACUUCCUGCGCUACCUGCAGAGUCUACUGGCUGAGGUGGAGCGGAGGAUUCGCAGGGGCCACGCCCGGCUGGCCUUGUCACAGGCACAACAGAACGCUGGACAGGGGCCUGGUCCGUCAACCAAGAAUGAGGAGAAGGCCUUGGUUCUGACAGAAAAGAUCGAAGAGCUGGUCCUUCAGAUUGAGGAGCUGGGCUCUGAGGGUCGUGUGGAGGAGGCGCAAGGCAUGAUGAAGCUGGUGGAGCAGCUGAAAGACGAGAGGGAGGACCUCACCGCCAACCCCUCAACGAUUGAGAGCUUUGCGGCUCAGGAGAAGCAAAUGGAGGUGUGUGAGGUGUGCGGAGCCUUCCUUAUCGUCGGUGACGCUCAGUCCCGGGUGGAUGACCACCUGAUGGGCAAGCAGCACAUGGGCUACGCCAAGAUCAAGUCUACUGUGGAGGAACUGAAGGAGAAACUGCGUCGGCGUUCAGAGGAACCUGAGCUGCCGGAUGACAAAACGCGCAAGGAACGUGAAGUCCGGGAGCGCGAGCGGGAGGAGCGGGAGAAAAAACGCAAGGAAGAGGAGGAGAAGGAGAAAGAGAAGGAGCGGGAAAAGGAGAAGGAGAAGGAAAGGGAACGGGAGAAAGAGAGAGAGCGAGAGCGGGAAAGAGACCGUGAGCGCGAGAGGGAGAGGGACAGGGACCGCGAGCGACGAGGCAGACGCAGCAACUCCAACAGCAGACACUCCAGCCGGGCGUCGGACCGCAGGAGGAGCCGCUCACGAGAGCGCAAACGCUCUAGGAGCAAGGACCGUGAAAGGAAACGCAGCAGGAGUCGCGACAGAGAGAGGAGGCGCAGCAGCAGGGAGCGUUCCGACAGGAAGAAGCGCUCGCGCAGCCGGGAGAGGAAGAGGUCGCGCAGCUCGGAGCGCAAGUCCCACAAGCAUCGCAGCCGAAGCAGGGACCGGGAGCGCGAGAGAGACAGAGACAAGGACCGGGAGAAGGACAAGGACAGAUCCUCCAAAGACAAAGACCACAAGGACGGUGAGGAGAAGCGCAGCAGCAAAAAGGCGCCGUCAAGUGACGACAAGGCCAGCGAGCUCCCCAAGGCCGAGUCCAUGGAGGUGGAUGCCCCCAAAGCCGAGCUCAAUGGCGCCCGCGAAGACAUCCAAUCUGAAGGUGACACUCAGUCCAAUUAAAACUGAUCUGAUAGGACCUCAGAUCAGGCCCAGGACCCCUGGAUCGGGCUGAUGGGAGAACAGAAGAACCGAAGACCUCCCUGACCAGAACACGCAACUCUGCUGCUUAAAACAAGGUGAACCACAGAUGUAGUGGCCUGUUGAAAAUUAAAAAUAAUAAAACAAAACAAAACAAAAAAACAAACAUAGCAAAAUAAAACAUGUUUUAAGAGAGGUUGCCCUUUUUUUGCAGCUACAUUGACAGGACCUGUAGUGUUCAUUUCUGUUAAUUAUGUCGUUUUUCUUCUUAACUACUGCUAUGAAUUUAAACAAACGUACACGAAAACCAGGUAGAGGUCAGAGUGUGUUUUAAGGUCUACACUUAUUUUGUUUACCAGCGUUCAGGAUAAAAAUAAAACCUGUACCUGUGGCAUGUUCUUUUCUUAUUUUAAUUUUUUUUCAGUUUGUAAAGUAAUGGUAUUCAUGUCACUACUUUUGCCCUUCAGUCUCGGGUUUGAAGCAUCUGUACAGUGUUAGGAAUGGAAAACAAAAAGGUUCCUUUUCUCUCUCUCUCCCUCUGUAAGGCAUACCCCAAACAAUUCAUUCACGUUUAGGUUUGAGAAGUGAACUAUUUUAUUUUUUCAUUUUUGUUCAAAUCUUAAGAACAUGUAAUUGUCUUGAAUAAAAUGUUAGAAAAUGAA